UUUGCGCAUGCGUAUUUCGCUACAUACAUAUGCGCUCUGCGGUACUGCGGUGCUUUUUAUGCUCUCGUUCUCGUUGCACGGUGCAACUUUUUUCUAUUGAUAAUUUUUGCUUUCGCGGUAUUUCAAGUUCGAGUUUUGUUGUAAGUAUACUGUAUUAUGUCGAUUGUGCAGAUUGUCAAAAACUCAUGAUGGAAUUGUCAUAAGAGAAGUAUGAAUAAUCGUUUUGCUUGAAAUUCAUCUCGAUUGUUACUGGUAUUCGAUCGACACGAUGCCGGAAAAUCCGUCAACUUAUCUGGCAGACCCGAAAAGAUACUGCAACCGAAUUAACGCUUUGUUGGAGCAGAAUUCUAAAGAAUGGCAAACAGUAUGGAAUGCUGCCGUUCCUGAACUUUCUAAUUUGGCGUCUAAUGAAAUUUCAGUGAUAAAUUCCUUGUUGAAACCCAUAGAAAGUGCUUUCAAGAGUAAAGAUAGUAAUCUUCGAAUUCAAGCUUUCGAAUGUUGGUCUCAUUUUAUCGCUCACUGUGAUGAAAUCAAAGUUUCUGAUAAGCUAUGGAACGUACUAUUGAUUCCUUUAGUAGCGCAAAACCACUCAAUGCCCUAUGUUCUACCCGCCAAAUUGAAGACAUGGGAUACGUUUGUGAACACGGCAUUCCAUACGAAACCAAGCAUUAGGAAAAGAGCGAUACCGGCUUUACUGAAAUGCCUGUAUGGACCCAUGCCGCAUACCUUGGAGCGUGCUUGCAGUUUUACUGAGCUCUCUGAAAUGUGUGGACAAUUGUACCGUAAGAUGUUGGAGAAAUGUGCUACGUUCGAAGAAAUCCAUAACGUUCUUUCUUAUUUAGAGAACGCCAUUCCUCCUCUUAGUAACCUCGAAAAUACUCAAAAAUUGGCCAAGUUGAUUUGGAAUGAAGCUUUAAAAAUUAUUAGUGAAAAUGGUUGGCAAACGGAACAUUUCAAAUUUUUGAUGCGAACUUUGGAGAAUCUGUUAUCUGAUGAUCAAAAUGACACCGUUCAGUUGAUUAGCAAUUUUUUAGCUAUCUUAUUCGAUAUUCAUAAUUCUUUUCCUCCGGACCGUUUAACACCUCAUUUGAAUUCAGUCGUACGAUGUUUAUUUCAUCCAUCCGUUAGCGUAAAAGUGAUAUGUAACAUAAUGAAUAGCAUGCUGAAAAUUUGCGAGAAACCGUCUUUCUGCUUUCACGAACUGGAUAAAGCUCUGGUAGAGAAAAUAAAAAAUGACAGAACUGAUGCGGACGUUCUUUGGAUAGCGUUAGCUGCUUGUUAUACUAAAUUGGUCAAAAAUAAUGGUAUCAAAGAUAGAGACGCUUCCGAUGAAGAAUUCACCACUGCGCUUAAAAUCUUAUUGUUUCCUUUCAUCCAUAUGAGUGAUAUUUGUUACGAAACUGAACGGUUCGAAUCUGUAAUGAAACAAUGGAAAUCGUGCUGUGAAGAAUACGCUAACGCUGCCGAAAGCGAAACAUUUUUACAAGUUCUACUGAAAAAGUUAGAAGAGGGCAUUGAUAGUAACAUUCCUCGUCUAAUGGUGGCUACUUUCUUCUGCAAUGUUAUCCUCACGAUCUUUAAAUUUUCUAGUGGACAUGUGUAUAUGAAAGGCGUGUUACUAAAAAUCUCAAGACAUAUGCCGGAUAUAAAACAAUUAACAGAUUCCAAACUGAAGUCCUUCGCAGUAAAAUAUAUUAUAACCGUAAAAGCAUAUGUACAAUUUCAACCAUCAUGUUCGAAUGAUUUCCUGCAUGUGAUUAAAAGUUUUAAUCAUUUGUUGUCGAAAGAUAUGGAUGAAGUGUCAUUGAAAACCGAACCAUUAAAAAGUGAUGUAGAUAGAGGUUCUUCGUCAAAAAAAACCAAUGAGGGAGACAACUUGAAAAAUGUAACCACUCCAACUGUAAAGCGCACAAGCUUUUUAGAACGAUUGAAAUCGCCUGCAUCCAAAAAACUAAAUGUAGAAUCGCCUGUCCGUUCACAGACCACUCCAAAAGCCUCUAAAAUUGACGAUGACGAUGUACAAUUUGUUGAAUUCAAACCGAGAUCUAAAAACUCUCCCAUGACACAACAUCAACUUGAAAAAGCGAAGAAUAAACGUCAUAUUCCAGCCUUAUAUCAAGAUUUAUCACAGUCUCACAGUCAGUCGUUGUCACAAUCCGAAUCGGAAUCCUUACUUUCAGGAAAUAGAAAACUCAACACCUCCAUUAAUCCAGAAUUAUUCGAAGAAAAUGCCAACCUCCCUGCAAUCUCCAGUGAUUCUUGCAUGCCAAUUGUACCAUCAUCGUUGUCAUUUCACACCGGACUCAAUUCUCCGAUUUCUGAAAAAAAUGGCUCUCGUAUAUUGAAGAAAUCAUUAUUUGGCGAUCAUGUAAAUGAUCCUGAGAAAAACUCCGAUUCAGACAGCUCAGUUGAAGUGAUUUCGGAAAAUAAAUCAUCUCAUAUAAAUAGAAAUGACUAUAAUACUAGUACUGUUGAAUCUGAUGAUAUUGAAGUGUUGGAAAAACAACCGACUAAAAGGAAAAGUCUUAAAGAAAAUGAAAUUCAUGGUGAAUUAGCACCCAUUAAACGGUCUAAGCGAUUAUCGGUCCGUACCGAAAAUAGUAUUGAUAACAAAAAUUGUCCAAUAUCUCGUAAAUCUACAAGUACACCUGUUUCCGUUCAAAAAUCAGCUAAUAAUACUGUUCCUGAACCUGAAGUAAUUGAUCUGGCUGAAACGGAAUCCCAAAACGUGUUCGUGAACACUAACGGCAAAGCUGUCAAUGGUACGUCAAGCCCUUUAAAUUCAUUAAUGAAUCUAAGAGAUGACAACGUUGAAGGUAACGGAAAAAGAAAAUCCUUGAGAUCGAGAAGAACUAUUACACCAAACGGCAAAGCUCCAGUAACGACGCGUAAACGUAAAUCGGUUACUUUUGAGUUGGAUUCCAACAAAAUUACCAACUCGGAUGAUUCGUGUUAUGAAAAUAAUUCUGUUCAAGAUGGAAACGCUUCUAAACAGAGUAAAUUAUCAAAUUUAUCAUCCUUGCAAGUCGCUGUGGCUGGUAUUCAUCAAAAUCAUCAACUCGAUUCCACGAAUGAUUCUUCUAUCAAAACAACUUUGCUUGAAAUCCCUUCUAAAGAGAUAUCUAUCCAGGAGGAAUCUUCCGUUGCUGAAAAGACUGCCUCUUCAAAUGCCAUUGUACGAUCGCAAAAUGAUUCCGUAAUGUUGGUUGAAAAUGAAGCAGCCGAAGUUAUAAGUAUUCUAGACUCCGAAUCGAUCGACUCAGAGAAAAAAUCUGCCGGUGGGGAUAUUAUUCUUCCUUCUCUUGCAAAUUCAUCUGAACCAAAGCAGAGUUCUUCCGAUGAAUCUACUUUCUACGAAGGUUCUGAACAAAUGGUAUCAAAUAAAGAUCCAUCCGAUGGCGAAGAUCCGACUGAAGAAAACGUUCCUUCUGUUCAAAAUGUCGCAGAUUCUAUCGCUGCCGAAACUCCUGUAUUACCUGUUUCACCAGAAGUUAUCUCAUCAGUGGACAGUAAUUGCGCUAAAGGGGAUUCCAACGUUCUUGAUGUGUGUACAAGUGAACUCAGUGUUGAAAUUAAGACAGUUGAAGAUAAUCUUGUUAGCUCGGCAUCAAUUUUUGAAAAUUCUCGUACAAGUGCAUCUAACGAGUCCGUAUGCAAUUUGCAAUUGCCAUCAGAACAAAAAACCGGUUGUGAUGAAGCUUUUGGUAAUGGGGAUAAAGCGAUAACUGGCAUUCCUGAAGAUCACGAUAAGACUGAAAAUGAAGAAACUUCGUUUCUCAUGGAAAAUAGUGAUAGAGAAUCAAAAUCCAACGAAGAUAAGAACUAUAGGAAAGAGAAAAAGGAUGACAGCGAGAAUGUUCCCUCCAUCCAUGGAAAUUCGCGAGGAUCCCAAUUAACGAAAUUGGCUCAAGGUUCCAAUUAUUUCAUGAACUCAUUGAAGCCAGGGAAAACAACAUCUCCGAAACCUGUCAAACCAACUCGAUCGGGCAAGAUACAGACUUACCCGAGUCCAAUUUCAUCACGGACAGUGAAAAUUUUGUGUAAGAAUAUACAAUAUCAGACUACUCCCACCAAAAGUAUUGUCGCGUUGCAAGAAGAAAGUCGAAUAUUCACGUACACUCCGAAAGAAUGCACUAGUCCUGGAAUUUUGAAGAAAAUUGAUCCAAAUCAGAGUAACUCUUCGCCCAAAGCUCUAAAGGUUGUCAAUUUCGCUGAUGAAAUAGCCCAAGUAAAAUAUUUCGUUGAAGGCGAUGAAAGUGACUCAGAUAGUUUAAUCAGUACUGGAGAUAAACUUAGUAACGAAAAUUUAUUGGAUAAUGAUCAACUAAAAUCACAAGAUAUGCUGUAUUCGCCACUACAUAAUUGUCGAGAUAAAAUAGGAGAUAUACUUGAAUUUUUAUUCCAUUCAGGAUGGCGUCAACAGGGCGAAGAACAAUUCCAAAAAAUAGGUAUUAAUACUGUUGGGGAGUUGGCAAGUAUGAGUACUUUAACGGCUAGUAGUAUUCCUGCUGGAGAUGAUCGAGUAAAGAGAUUGAAACGUGCUCUCAAGAAAUAUGACAGACAUAUUGAAAGCAAAGGUCGACGUAAACCAUCUGCUCGAAGAAAAUUGCAAAAAGACUUUGAAAAUAAAGAAGUAACUUGCCUGUUAGAUUUACUCAACGAAGCCGAUUUAGUCAGUAAUGACAGUACAAGUGAUGACGAAGCAGAAAGAGCGAUAAUAGAUGAUAACGACGAACCGUUAGAAGAAAUAUCAGCCGAAGAUGCAGCGAAUACCUCUUUUGUUGCUCAAGAACUUUCUAAAAAUGAGACUGAAACUGACGAAAUACCGCACGCCAAAGAAAUUGAAGAAUCUGUUAUAGUUCCCAGUGAUGAACCUAAAGAGGAACCAACACCAAAAUCGACAGAAUCGCCGAUCGCCGUAAUUGAGAGUACCACGGAAAUCGACCCUUGUCAGCAUACGGAAAAAGAAAUCGUCGAAACUGAAAACAAAGAAAACGUCGAUCCACGAUUAGAUGGUACGAAUGCUGAAACUGUACCCGAAUCUAAUGAUGUUGAGCCGAUGGAAGUAGACGGUCCGAUUGGCGACGUUCCCAAAACUACAAACGAUACCAUUAAUGAUUCGGCGGAUUACGUGUGUACCGAUAGUAAUGCCGAUGAGCAAGAAGUAACUGACAAACGAUGUAUAACUAUGAACAAUAUUCGCCGAUAUUCGACGGUAAUUGAGCCAAACAGUGAAGAAAUUCCUGACGAAUUGCCCUCAUCCACAGAAAAAACAACAGCGAAGACAGCCGUCGUUGUCAUUGAAAAAGACGACUCUGCUAGCCAAUCGGUUUCGAUAUUUUCUGAAGAUAAAAUUGUAACUCGUGCGGAAAAAGUUAUCGACUCUCAAGAAACUUUUGUCGGUUCGGAAGAAACUUCUGUUUCGGUGGUCGGUAAUGAAAUUUUGACUAAUGAUAAUGCCUCUGUGGAUACUCGCGACGAAAAAAAUGUUUCUGAAAAGUCUGUUUCCGAGCCGCAGAAAGUUGCAACAAUUGCCGAAGUAUUACCUCAAGAAGAGAUCGAUGCUGGAGUUUGGCUUCAAGCCUUAAAAAAAAUUUAUCAUGUUUACGAAGGUGAUGCAGAUUCGGCAAAAGCAACAUAUUUAAAAAUUAUAGAAGAAGGGAAUUCGGUUUUCUCGACGGUAGGGUUGAAAUUGCAAUUUUGUCGAGCUGGAAAAAAAUAAUUUUCUGAAGACGCAUGAAUAUUCUUGAAUUCAACAAACCAUUUAUUCGACGAUUUCAUCUAAAAACGAGUACAUAAACCUACCUAAUAUAAAACUUCGUAUAUCUGUUUAUGUAUUUUUAUCAGAACAUUACUACAGUAUGAUUAUGAUGUAAUUUUACGUGAUUUUUUCUAAUUUAUUUUGUAGUUGUGAUAUUGGUAGUUGUUAAUAUUUUUUACUCCGGUUUCUUUCUUCUUUUUUUUUUCUUUUCUAUUAAAUUUACUUGCAACUGGCUUCUGUUUCAUAAUAUAGUUCUCUUUUUUGUAUAUUUUGAACUAAAACUUAUGAAAUUGCCAUACGAAAAAAGAAAUAAGGAUGAUUUUAUUCUGAUGAAUUUGAUUGUAAAUUUGUUGGUCCAGUUCUUUCAAAAACUAAGAUUCAUGAUGUGUUUCUGAAAAGGAAAAAGUGGAAUUCAAUAUCUGACAUUUUCUAGACUAAUUUACAAUGGAGUUUCUAAUGCGAUUUGUGUUUUUUUUUAAUUUUUAUUUCGAAAUCAAGGAAAUAUGCAUGUAUGUAUUUCUAGAAAAUAUGCUAUUACGGGUCUUUCGUGUUCUCAAGUUGACAGAAUGAAAAUUUUCUGUAAGCUUAUUGCAACCUGUCUUUUUUUCUCAUCAUAUUAAUCGUAAACCAACAGUUUUGUCUAUAAACAUCUUGACCGCUCUAAUGAUUUACUAUUCGUCGUGGAAGUAUUUGUUAAAUCAGCCCGUUCUUUUAAACUGGUUUCGAUGCCAAAAAAAAAAAAAAAAUGACUCGCUUCUAUCAUGAACCUUACGAUGGAAGGGUUUACUUUGUUCAAUGUAGGUAUUUAUGUUCCUUUUAUCGCGUUUAAAAAGAGAAGUAGGUACUUAUCUGUUUCGUUAAAUGUUUUUCGAAUUUUAUGAAUUUUGUUAGUGGAUGAGUUGAAAUUGAUGUUAUAACGUGGAGAAUGUUUUCAUUUUGUGGUAAAAAUUAUGUGAGGUGUACUUUAAUUAUAAGAUCGUUUUUUUUUUAAUUUGAAUUAAGUACCUAUUAUUAUGAAUAUAAUAAAAAUAAACAUAUCAUCUCAAUUCGA